AUGGGCGGUCGUACUGUGAAGAAACUUCGCCUUUACGACCUUGGUGUUGUUUCUGCCCUAAAACCUGACGUUAUCAUUCUUGAAAUAGGCACUAAUGAUCUUGUUGCUAACCGUCCCGAGGUCGUCUGUUCUGAGAUCCAUGAUUUGGUUCAAUUGCUGCUCCAAUCUUACUCUGUACGAGUCAUCGGUGUUUGCGAGGUGAUACCUCGUGUUCGAGGGCCGUUCUUCAACGUGGCAGCACCGAUCCUCAACCAAUAUCUCACUGAUGUUCUGGAGCUUUGUCCCAACGUUUUUCCCUGGUGCCAUUCGCGC